UGUUAUGUUUCCAUUACUGUUCCAAAGCUGAUAUCAGACUUAUUAACAGAAAGAAAAACAAUCUCAUUCUAUGGCUGUGCAAAUGUACUGCUUUUUCCUUCUGUGUGGCCUGGAGUGCUGUAUGUUAGCAAUCAUGGCGUACGAUCGGUAUAACGCUAUAUGCCAUCCCCUCUUGUACCAAACCAUUAUGAACAGAAAAGUGUGUGUUCAGCUCUUGGCUGGGACAUGGAUCAUUAGUGUAAUAAACUCUUUAAUACAUACUCUCCUUACCUUCUCUUUGCCUUUUUGUGAUAAUGUUAUUAAUCACUUCUUUUGUGAUAUUCCUCCCUUACUGAAACUGGCGUGCAAAGUAAACCUAAUGAAUGAAAUCGCCCUCUUUGCCAUCGCUGGCUUCAUUAUUAUGGGAUCAUGUGUUUUUAUUGUGAUUUCUUACACGCAAAUCAUUGCAACUAUUCUAGGUAUCCAUUCGACUUCAGGCAGGAGGAAAGCGUUUUCAACUUGUUCCUCUCACUUGACAGCAGUUACAAUAUAUUAUGGGUCUGGCGCUUUUAUGUAUUUAAGACCCAAACCAAACCAAUCUUUGGAUCAGGACAGACAGAUUGCCCUUAUGUACACCGUUAUUGCACCACUGCUCAAUCCUUUCAUAUAUACACUCAGAAAUAGGGAUUUCAAGGUAGCUUUUAUAAAGAUAAUACAACAUAUGUUUUCUCAAAAAUUCUAG